UGUCUGCCGCGUCGCUUCGAAAUCGCUUGCAUCUGUCAGUGCAAACUUUUUGGAUCUCUCUCUUUUCCGGCCUUUAAGGUUGUUCUGUGAACACAUUUUUGUCGAGGCCCCACGUAGCCUAAUAAAUCCAGCAAGAUGGUGAAGGGAAAUCAUAUGAUUUCAAAUGGUCACUUCCAUAAGUACUGGCAGCGACACAUCCGUACCUGGUUCAAUCAGCCAGCCCGCAAGGACCGCAGACGUCAGAACCGUAUCAAGAAAGCCAAGGCCGUGUUCCCGCGUCCAGCUACCGGACCUCUGCGCCCGGUUGUACGUUGCCCAUCUCAACGCUACAACACCAAGAUCCGUGCCGGACGUGGUUUCACUCUCGCUGAACUGAAGGGAGCUGGUCUGACCAAGGGAUUCGCCCAGACCGUCGGUAUUGCCGUCGAUCCCCGCCGUCAGAACAAGUCCGUCGAAAGCCGCCAGCAGAACAUCCAGCGGCUGAAGGAAUACCGUAGCAAGCUGAUUCUGUUCCCAAUCCAUGAGAAGAAGAAGCUGCGCAAGGGUGAAGCCACCGAGGAGGAACGCAAGUUGGCCACCCAGCUGCGCGGCCCAGUGCUGCCGAUCGUCAACGAGAAGCCAGCGGUCGAGUUCCGCCCGAUCACUGAGAAGGAGAAGAAGUUCUCUGCCUUCCUCGCCGUGCGCCAGGCUCGUCUGCACGCCCGUCACUUCGGUGCCCGUGCCAAGAAGGCCAAGGAUAGCGCGGAACAGGAGAGCAACGCUCCCGGUGCCGACAAGAAAGAGAAGAAGGAUAAGAAGAGCAAGAAGUAAACGGAUUAACAGCCGCCUAGUUUAGCCGGUUUGUACAAUUUUAUCGAUUAUUAUUUUCUCGUGUAUGUAAGUGAAUGAGCGAAGCUAACUGGAGUAAUAAAACCCUAUUGGAUAAGCUGUUCCUAUCCUGA